UUCCUCCUUGGUGGAUCGUAAAGUGCAGUGGACAAAAUAAUAUUUAAAAGUUAAUACAUAUUCGAAUUCGAAAAAGUUUGUGGCUCAAGAUGCGUCUGCAAUACAAAUCCCUCCAUGAUGAUCCCAACUUCAAUCUGGAUAAAUUGUUUCAGCGUCAAAAUUGCUUCAUCGAAGUGAAUCCGGGAAGUGUGAUCCUGCCGAAGAAGUACAAUGAGAUUGGAGAAUCUAUUUUGGAUCUUCCUGUUCGCAAAGAUGAUAUCUUUCUCAUUUCCUACCCAAGAACAGGAUCCACAUGGGCUCAAGAAAUGGUAUGGCUUCUUGGGAAUAAUCUAGACUUUGCCGGUGCUGCCAGGAUGCAAGCCCUGAGAGCUCCACUCCUGGAAUUGUCCGCAAUUUUCUCUGAGGAUCACACUGAAUGGCUCAACAAGUCCAUUGGGAAUUCUGUGGCCUGUGUGGACAAUCUGCCCAGUCCACGGUUCAUUAAGACGCACCUGCCAUGGCAAUUGCUGCCCAAUCAGUUGGACUCGGUUAAACCCAAGAUUAUCUACAUCGCUCGCAAUCCAAAGGAUCUCUGUGUAUCUUAUUAUUACUACUGUACCCUCAUCCAUGGUCUCAAUGGAACCUUCGAUGAGUUCUGUGAGUGCUUCCUGGCCAACAAAACGCCCAUUGGAUCUGUCUGGGAGCAUGUAAUGGAAUUCUGGAAGCGGCGCAAUGAGCCCAAUAUCCUUUUCCUCAAGUACGAGGACAUGAAAUUGGAUUUGCCCGGAACGAUAUGGAAGUGUGCUGAAUUUCUGGGUGUGUCCAACAAGAUGACCCAGGAAGAUGUGGACAACGUGGCUACUCAUCUAAUGUUUGAGAAGAUGCAGAACAAUCCAGCGGUUAAUCUUGAUCCAAUCUUGAACCCAGAUCAACCAGCCGAUAAGAAUGAAAAUCGGAAGAUAAAAUUCAUAAGAAAUGGAAAAAUCGGAGAUUGGCAGAACUAUAUGGAUAACUACAUGUCUCGAAAAUUCGACAAAUGGAUUGAAGAAAAUACCCGUGGUACAGGGCUCGAUUUCAUUUACAAAUGAUAACAAUUUACUACUUUACUCGUAGAUUUUAUCGUUAUCUUUUACUUUUUAAAAAGAGUGAAGGGAUGGUUGAGUGCAAAUAUUAGAGAAUUUAAUUUUAGACUUUUUUUACCAUAAAUUGAUCAAGAGUCUUUGCAAGGCUUAUAUUUUUCAUUAGGCACCAAAUAGAUUCAGGCUGAAUUUCAGACUCAGCUGAACCUAUCAUAAAGAGCUAAGGAUCAGCCUGAAUUUAUCUAAGGCUUUAGGCCUCAUUCGCUUAUAAAUACUUAAGGUUCUUCUUGGUCUAAAACGGAAUGAUUUUUACGAAUUUGGAAAGAAAAACAUUAUAAAACAGGGGGCAGUAGGGUACCUUUGAAUUGGGGCACUUUUGAAAUAGGUCUUUUUUCGUUAUUUUUAAAUGAAUCUGGACCUUUGGAUAAGUGUGCCAAAUUUCGGCAUAGUUGCAUGCAAGCGUCAAAGUCUCAAGUUUAAAAUGUAAUAUUUUAAAAACAAAUUGAUUUUUUUAUUCUUUCUUCUGAAAGAGUGUUGCUUGAAACCUUUUAAAGAGUUUACCGUCAUUAUUUACUCUAAAAUCAUUCUUAAUACAUUUUAAAAUGAAUAAAAAUAUAGACAUAGCUUUGGUGGAACAAAAAAGGUGGCCGAAAUUGCAAGCUGGUCGGAAUUUAGCACACCUACCCUACAUAAUUUAGUAACUCAAACCGAUUUUAAAGCUAAAUUACAUUAUGAUAAGGCUCAGUUACAUUUAAAAGUAUGAGAAAAUUAAGUCCUUUUUCAAGUAUAUCCCAAUUCAAAGGUGCGCCACUUCCCCUUAGUCAAAAAAAAUGAAAAUUUGAAAAUUUUACAAUAAGAAAAUAAUAAAGAACUAGAGAAUUAAACCUCUACGUUUGAUAAUUUUUUAGAUAUUAUUAUUUGGAACAUUUAAAACUUUCAACUACAAGAAAAUGUUUUAAAAAAAACCAUUGAAAAAACGUGAUUUUAUUUUUAAAUAAGCAAAUUUGCAAUAGAUUUCCUUAAAGUUAGGCUCAAAAUAUCUUUAAAAAAUAAUAAUUCUUUCAUAUCUGACUAUUCCACAAAUUUAAAAAAUAAUUUUGUGGUUUUUAAAAUGCAGUAUAUUUAAUACUAUUCACUCAUGAAAUACUAAUUCACUUCUUCAUGAAAAUACUUCUUGAUAUAAAACAGCAAAAACUCUUUUUUUUAAUGAAUAUUAUUAUUUUAACAAAUUUGACCUUUUAAUAUUUUUCAAUUAAAACUUCAAAUAGUAAAAGAAACUAUUGUUUAUUAUCUUUUUCAGUAAAUUGAGUACAAUUUCCAAGCCUUUAUUCUGAAAAAAUAUGGUUCAAAUUUAUUUUAAAUUUAAUUAGGAAUAAUUUUUAGAAGUAUGUGUAUGUGGUUUUGUAAAUAUGAUUAAAAUACUCUAAGCAAAAA